CCAGCUGAAGUACGAGAAGGGAUCGGAGACGACGAAGACUAUGACGGUAAUCCCCAGGAGUUUGCGCCAGCGAAAGUGCAGGGACGAAAGCGACUACCUACUCGAGCUGAGGCUGAUCAACGCGAGGCUACAGGUCACGCGGCAUGUCGAGAUUGGUGCGAGGUUUGUUGCGCAGGUCGAGGGCUUGGCCAACCUCAUGAGCUACAAGCUGAAGCUCGUGAAGGUGCAGAUCCGGCUGUGGCCAUCGACUUUGCGCUCAUGGGCGAGGACCGGCGAGGAGGACCAGGACCAGGAGGACAACUUCCCGAUGCUGGUGGCCAGAGAUUCCCAGACGAAGCUGCCCUACUCGACAGCGAUCCCGGGCAAGAAGGUCACCAUCUUCAUGAUCAAGAUUCUGAUGAGCUUCAUCCUGCACCUCGGCUACCGCAGGCUGAUCUUCCAGAGCGACGGGGGGCCCGCGAUGGUGGCGCUCAAGACGGUUGUCGCGGCGGCGACGCCGACGGUGGAGUUCCUGCCUCGAGAAUCGCCGGCAAGAGAGCGCCAGAGCAACGGAGGCAUCGAGGUUGCCGUGCGAGAGGUCAAGAGGCAGGUUAGGGCGAAUAGGUACGCGUUGGAGGCCAAGCUCGGCGGGGAGGUGGAUGAUGACCACCCGAUCUUGAAGUGGCUGCCCCAGUACGCCGCGGCCUGCAUUGGCCGGUCUCGACGCGGAACCGACGGCCUCACUGGAGAGCAGCGGCGCUCAGACCGCGACUGGAAGAAGCUGGAAGCAGAGUUCGGCGAGCGGGCGACGCACAGGCCGCUCGCGCCAGGAGGUCGCCGGAGCACCGUGGAGGAGCGCAUGAAGUCCUGGAACUUCCUGGGCUACCACAUGCGGACGGGGGCCCUGCUCGCCAUGACGGUUGACGGCGUGGAGAAGGCCCAAGGUUUCAAGAAAUUGCCGAAGGAGCAGGCCUGGGACGGAAAGGACUGGGCAGCUCUUCGAGGAGUUCCCUGGGCGACUCGCCCGGAGGAGGAGGCGCCCGCUUGGGCGAGAGCGCCGGUGGUGGCCACCGUUCGGAUGGAGCCACGAGCCCCGCGAGCGAGGUACGUCCUGCGCCGCGACACCGAGAAGCACGGUGCCACUGCGGGCCGUCCAGGAUGCCUGGAGCUGACGCAGAAGGGCAAGAUCGCGAAAUCCCACAGCGACGAGUGCCGCGACAGGAUCGCACUGGAGAGCAAGCAGCACGCGGUCGAGGUGUUCGAGGUCGAGAAGCAGCUGGAGGAGACCAAGCUGCCCUACCGCCGCCCGCUGGAGACGGCGAUCGAGCUCCUGCCCCAGAGCCGAGGGACACCGAGAUGGCGGCGGUGCCGGCUGGAGGCGGUGGAAGCGAACCGAGCGCUGCCAGGAUGCGCCGAGAAGACGCGCCCGACCCUGGACGAGCUACCCGGGCACGAGGAUGGGGCGCAGAUGAACGUGGAGGACCUGGUCGACACAGCGAUGUCCCAGGCAGCGUCAUCAAGUUCAGCAUCGGCAUCGGCUCCGAGACCGAGCGGGGCUCUAGAUGGAUCGAUGGACGUCGACUUCCUGGAGCGGAUCGACUGCUGCGACAAAGGCCGCACGUUUGUCAUGAUCAACGAGUUGGCAGUGUUCGAGAUGCGGACGAACGCCAACAUGAACGACGCAGAGCAGGCGGAGGAUAUCGCGUCACUUCUUACAGAGAUGUUCGCAGUGGACACUGCGGAGGUUUAUUCGCCGAGAAGGCUUGCGGAGAUGACGUUUCGGUAUGGAAAGGAGUGCAAUAAUCAGCUGAAGGGCGAAGACCCGCUGCUGACGAUCACCAGCCCCCCGUGCACACCACUCAGCAACUUGCGGACGCUCUCGGACUCAAAGCGAGACCCGAAGAUCGUGGAGGCGGAGAUCCUGGAAGGCGAGACGCACCUCAAUUUCAGCAUGAAGAUCGGCAAGGAGCGCUACAAGGCGACCGUCUCCAACGGAAAGUUGGGCUUCGUUCGGAAGGAGACUGGGUGGCUCACUAACGGCGAGCUGCUCGCCGAGAUCCUCGAAGGCAAGAAGGAUUGGAUUGGUGCCGCGGGAGGCAGGUAUGGACGCGAGAUGCUCGAGAACGGCAAGAAGGCAGUGUCCCUGAAGUGGAUCGACACGAACAAGGGCGACCGAAUUCAACCGCGGUAUCGCUCGAGGCUGGUCGCGAGGGCGAUGGUGACCAUCUUCGUUGGCCGCGUGAAUGACGCCUACCACGACGGCGACGCAGAGGAGAUCAUUUACAAGUUUUACGGCAUCUCGAGGGCGCAUUUCUAUGGAGAUGUGAAUCGCGAAGUGUACGUGGAGUUACCCGAGGAGGAGACCUACGACGACCCGGAACCCAUGGUGGGCAGGCUACUCAAGACAAUGCAUGGCACAGUGGAUGCAAGUCAUGUGUGGCAAGACGACUACAUCGGCCUGACAAGCUCGCACGGCUUCGAGAAGGGCGUCUCGAACCCAACGCUGCUGUGCCACGCCGAGCGUCAUCUGCAAGCGGAGGUCCACGGCGACGACUUUGGUGUGAUUAUGCGCAAGUCCCAGGAGGGGUGGUUCGAUGACGUGCUUUCGCGCUACGACUUUAAGGUCACGGGCAUACGGAGCAGCAGGCCCCUGAAGGAACAGAGUGUGGUCUAUCUCCACCAGGUGUUGAUCUGGAACCCCUUCGAGCGCUCGGCCUACCUCGAAGCGGACGCCCGGCGCGUGAAGAAGGUGAUCAGGGACCUGGGCGUGGAGAAUGCGAAGGAGGUGACUACCCCGGCUGUUAAGAGGUCCGUCGCGGAGAUCCUGAGUGGUAACCAGACCUCGCCGAAGCUGGGCGACGAGAAGGUGGAGACCUACCGCAGCGUGACUAUGCGAAUCAUGCACGCGAGUCUGGACCGACCCGACAUCAGCUACAGCGCGAGCAUGCAGGCUAGACGCAUGAAGGAGCCGAAGGAGACCCACAUGGAGGAUUUGAAGCGCAUCGGCCGCUACUUGAAGAAGUACCCCGCUGGAAGCACGGUCCAAUCCACGGUGAGUUUGAGCAGCGGCGAGGCCGAGUACUAUGCACUACUGCGUGGAGCCUGCCUCAGUUUUGGAGUACAGUUCACUUUGGCCGACCUCGGAGUCGAGGUGGACUACGGGAUGGAGCUUUACAUGUUCAGCGAUAGCUCAGCCGCGAGAGGAAUUGGAAGCCGACAGGGACUAGGAGCUGUUCGACACUUGGAUGUUCGAUUUCUUUGGCUGCAGGAGCGUAUCCAGAGUAAAGGGUUGUUGCUGCAAUCGGUCGCUGGGCACUGGGACCCGGCGGACCUGUUCACGAAGGCCCUCGGCCAAGACACGAUGGAACGGUUGAUGCAGCUGAUCUGCUCCCCGAUGAAGUUCGACGGUAGCGUGAG